AUGCCGAAUCAUACCUUUACGUUGGCAGAAGGCCAACCGAUUGCAGAACCAUCCGUCAGCACCACACUACCUACCUUUGGCGGCGGCGGCCUCACGACACUAGGUGAUACGCUUCUCAUUGAGACACUCGCGCAUUUUAGUCGCGAACGUAUCCCUGAAAGAGUUGUCCAUGCUAAAGCCGCGGGUGCUUGGGGAGAAUUUGAGGUUACCAAUAACAUUUCUUCCCUCACGUCGGCCAAGUUCCUCAAUGGUGUUGGCAAGAAAACCCCCGUUCUAUUCCGUCUGAGCACCACCGGCGGUGAAAAGGGAAGUGCAGACACUGUCCGCGACGUGCGAGGCUUUUCUGUCAAGUUCUUCACCGAGGAAGGCAAUCAUGAUAUUGUAGGAAACCACAUUCCGGUGUUCUUUGUUCGCGAUCCUAUUAGGUUUCCAUCUCUCAACAGAAGCCAUAAGAGACAUCCAGCUACCAACCGACCGGAUUGGACCAUGUUCUGGGAUUUCCACACGAAUCAACCGGAGAGUGUCCAUGCUUUGAUGCACCUUUUUGGCUCUCGGGGUAUUCCUGAUUCCGUUCGUCGAGUGACUGGCUUCGGUGUACAUACUUUCAAAAUGGUCUCAACUGGUGGUAGCUUCCGUUACUGCAAGUUCCACUUCCGGCCAACGCAGAAGAUCACACACUUCUCUUGCCAGGAAGCUAUUCGUAUGGCUGGCGCAAAUGCAGAUUUCCACAAUCAGGAUCUAUGGGAUGCGAUCGCUCGGGGAGACUUACCGGUCUGGAAGCUUUAUGUGCAGGUCAUGGAGCCCGAGCAGGCUGAAACCUACGGCCGGGCUCUGUUUGAUAUCACAAAAGUUUGGCCCCAUAAGGACUUCCCCUUGAUCGAAGUCGGCCAAAUGACUCUUAACAAGAACCCGGAAAAUUAUUUUGCUGAGAUCGAGCAAGCGGCGUUCUCACCUUCCAACAUGGUGCCUGGGAUUGCAAUGACCCCUGAUCCAAUGUUGCAGGCGCGCAUGUUCGCUUACCCCGAUGCUCAAAGAUACCGCCUGGGAGUGAACUACACUCAGCUUCCUCCAAACCGUGCAAUCUGCCCUGUAUAUGCCCCAUUCGAGCGUGACGGCAUGGGAACUUUCACCCGGAACUAUGGCGGUGAUCCGAACUAUGUACGGAGCUCACUAACCCCUGGCGUGCCCAGCCAAACUGUUUCUGACGUACGGCACACCGAGCGCAUCGCAAAUAACGCCGUUCUCGGCCAGAAUGAAAUUCUAGUUGAUGAUGAGGACUUCAUUCAGCCGCGCGAUCUAUGGAACAAAGUUUUCGAUGAGACCGAGAGAAGGCAGUGGGUGUCAAAUGUGUCGGAGACUUUGGAAGACAUGCCUGAUCAACUCAAAGAUGCUGUCAGAGCUAUGUUCAGCAAGGUCGAUUCUCGUAUUGGUCAACUGUUAGACGACAAGGGUAAGAACAAUUCACGUCUUUAA